AUGGCGUUGGACGGCGGGGGUGGAGGAGGGGGGCCGGCGCCGUUCCUGCUGAAGACGUACGAUAUGGUGGAGGACCCCUCCACCGACGAGAUCGUGUCGUGGAGCGACGGGAAGAAGAGCUUCAUCGUCUGGAAUCCCCCCCAAUUCGCCAGCAUCCUGCUCCCCACCUUCUUCAAGCACAAUAACUUCUCCAGCUUCAUACGCCAGCUCAACACCUACGUACGCUCCCCCCGCAGAUCGCAUUGCUGCUCGCGUUCCCGGUUUCUUAUUCAGAAUCGAUCGUGGUUUCCGCGCUGGGAGGGGGCUCAACUUUUUUUUUUCCUUUUUUCUCCUCGUGUUAAUUGCUGGCGUGAAGAGAGAUUUUCAAUCUUCUGGAGAUUUCUUUCUCCUAGGAGUCGAUCUGAUGCGGGGAGGACGAUCUCUGAGGGUUUUCUAAUGGUUUGAGCAGGGAUUCAGGAAGAUCGAUCCGGAGAGAUGGGAAUUCGCGAACGAGGAUUUCGUGCAGGGCAAGAAACAUCUCCUGAAGAACAUCCACCGCAGGAAACCCGUCUACAGCCACAGCCACCCGCCUGGGGGCGGAGACGCCGAGAGGGCCUCCAUGGAGGAGGAGAUCGAUCGGUUGACCAGGGAGAAGGCUGAACUCGAGGCGAAACUGUCCCGGUUCAAGGAUCAGCAGUCCGGGACCAAGUUCCAGCUCAAUGAUCUGGAUCGGCGACUGCAGGACAUGGAGCAGCGGCAGCGGAAGAUGCUCUCCUUCGUCUCUAGAGCAGUUCAGAAUCCUGUUUUCGUGGAUCACCUUGUCCAAAUGGCAGGGGCUGUGCCGGUUGACUUAUCCGAGGCCCACAAGAAGAGGAGGCUCCCGGGUGACGUUGAAGGUGGGCAGCAACAGGUCCCUGGCAGCAGCACCACGACCACCACCACCAUCUUGAAGCCAGAUGCCUGCCGCUUGUUCCAGCAGGACUUCUCCAGCAAGCUGAAGCUGGGCCUGUCCUCUGCGAUCUCCGACAGUAAUGUGCUCUCACCCAGAACCCAGAGCUCUGAUGAGGACGGGUUCAGCCCUCCGAGGAGGCUGAUAGGGGGUGGAGGCCACUCCAAGCCAGAGUGCCUCUCAAUUCUGCCGGAGACGAUGGAGCUCUCAGAUUCCACCACCUCCAGUUGCCCAAGGACCAAGAUUGUCUCACUGCCAUGGCAAGCAGGGGAUGCAGACGAAGGGAACAGGCAUAUUUCCUGUCAUCUGAACCUCACCCUCGCCUCUUCUCCUCUGCAACUGGGCGACUCUCUCAGCUCUGGUAGGAUCCCAAGCUCCAGAACCCAGGAAAUGGGCAAUACCUCCGUGGCUGACGAGCUUGACAGAGCGGCCACUGCGAAGAUCCACAGUGCCUCAGCCGUUGGCGAUGUUAAUCCUUCCGCCAACCAAUCGUCCUCAGCUGCUGCUGCUGCCGCCCCCGGAAAACCCAACGACAAGUUCUGGGAACAGUUUCUGACUGAAAGACCGGGCUCCUCAGACACCGAGGAGGCAAACUCUGCCUUGAGGGCCACCUCUCCCGCUGAACAGCAGCAAGAAGAGGACCGUGAUGGCGACAAGAUUUGGAGGAGCAGAAAAGACAUCGAUCAGCUCUCUCUCUGA